AUGGGUGCAGGAGCAUCGAAAGCAGCCCGCCGCCUCCCGACCAAGGCGCCGACGGGAACCACAACUGGGUCAUCCGACGCAGCGAUGCGCGCCGCCCGCGCGGCGGCGGCGGAACAGGCGGCGUCUGAUGCGGUUCAAGAGCAAGCGACGGCUCAGCAGGCGAGGGGGUUGGAGUACGGGUCGGGGUCGCGCGCGCCGAGGGUGGAAGACGCACCAUUUUCAGGGGAGAAGGAUGAACAAAUCCUCAAGGACGGAAUGGACCCCCAGUUCCUCGCCAACCUCGCGCGCAUGGGACAGGUCAAAGUCCCCGACGCGGCCGUCCAGAUUCCGGCGCGCGCACAGCGUACCCUCGCCGCACGUAAUCCGUUGUACACGACGCGCACGCUCACCCCUCCCCCCGGAACUGCUUCUGCGCAAACCCUCAGCGCUCUGCUGGAUGCGUUCAAGUCGAUUCCCCCAGGACGGGACGCCGAGGCGCUAUACAAGCACGCUGGGAUGACCAAGGAUCAGUUGAAGGGCGUACGGCGGUGGGUCAACUCGCCGAGCGUAACUGGUGAGGCUACGCGGAUCGAGGAGGGCGCGAGCCAGGUCGUACAGCAGAUUACAGAGCUCAAGGCCGUGUGGGUCGAUGCUAGGGAUAAGGAUGCGCCCAAGUAG